CCGGCUCAGGUGGUGCGGUCUGGUUUGGAGCAGGAAGUGGGAAGAAGCGGAAGACUGCGGCCAGAAGCGCUGAUUUGUCUCUCCAUAAUCAUAACUAUUAUUACAUUCUCUACUAGCGUUAUUGAUUAAAGAGCACGUGCAUUAAGGAGAUCAUCGAAGUACACUAUCAUGUGGAAGGCAGCUGCAGGUCAGUCCGUCUCUGUUGCAGUGGAUGAUGGAGGAGAUGAUUGGGAAACAGACCCGGACUUUGAGAAUGAUGUUUCAGAGAAGGAGCAGCGCUGGGGUGCCAAGACUGUGGCCGGCUCUGGACAUCAGGAACACAUCAAUAUUCAUAAGCUGCGUGAGAGAGUGUCGUCUGAACACAGUGAGCUGAAGCAGAAGGAGCUGGAGCACAUGCCCAAAGCGUCUCACGGUUAUGGAGGAAAGUUUGGAUUGCAGCAGGACCGCAUGGACAAGUCUGCCGUGGGACACGAGUAUCAGAGCAAGCUGUCCAAACACUGCUCCCAGACGGACACCUCCAAGGGUUUCGGAGGUAAAUUCGGCGUGGAAGCUGACCGUGUUGACCAGUCUGCCGUGGGCUUCGAGUAUGCCGGGAAAACCGAAAAACACGCCUCGCAGAAAGACUACGCCACCGGGUUCGGGGGCCGCUAUGGCGUGCAGGAGGAUCGCGUGGACCAGAGCGCUGUUGGCUUUGAUUAUCAGGGGAAAACAGAAAAGCACGAGUCACAGAAAGAUUACGCCAAAGGCUUUGGUGGCAAAUUUGGAGUGGAGACGGAUAAAGUGGACAAGAGCGCCGUGGGCUUCGAGUACCAGGGAAAGACUGAGAAACACGAGUCUCAGAAAGACUAUGUAAGGGGCUUCGGAGGGAAGUUUGGCGUUCAGACGGACCGUCAGGAUAAGUCUGCGGUGGGAUGGGAUCAUCAGGAGAAACUGCAGCUACACGAGUCACAGAAAGAUUAUGCCAAAGGAUUUGGAGGGAAGUAUGGUGUGCAGAAAGACCGAAUGGACAAGAGCGCCGGCACGUUUGAGGAGGUGGAGAAGCCGAGCACGGCGUAUCAGAAGACCCGUCCUGUGGAAGCAGCUGGCAGCGGCGCUGGAAGUAUUAAAGCUCGCUUUGAGAGCAUUGCGAAGCAGAAGGAGGAGGAGGACCGGAGGAGAGCCGAAGAAGAGCGCACUAGACGACAGGCCAAGGAGAAGCAGGAGCAGGAGGAGGCGCGCACAAAGCAGAAGGUGGAGAACGGUGCAAACGUGUACGAGGUGGAGCCGGUCUCCGCAGAACCCACAUAUGAAGAACCGGUCCAGGAAGACCUGUACCAGAACCCUGAGCCGGACGAGCAGAACCUGACUGACUCCAGGGCUCAGUCGUACGAGUUUGGAGAGGAUCUCGGCGUGACUGCCGUGGCUCUGUACGACUAUCAGGCUGCGGGAGACGACGAGAUCUCCUUCGAUCCGGAUGACGUCAUCACCAACAUCGAGAUGAUCGACGAGGGCUGGUGGAGGGGCGUGUGUCGGGGCACAUACGGACUCUUCCCAGCCAACUACGUUGAAGUCCGACAGUAGACUCGCUCCAUGCGCUCUUUACACGGCGGACGUCGCUGAAGGAGAGCCAUGCUUCCAGUCCAUUAUCAGCCCUGCUUUCUCUUCUUUCACUGUAGCAUGUCGAGCGUUCGCCGGUCAUUCUGCUUCCUUCAGCUCAACUCUCACUUCCUGUUUCACGUCAGCAGGUGUGUGCGCUUUACUGGAUCCAAGAGAUUUUAUGACACAUCUGAGAGUUUAUUCACUCACACACACACACAUAUAUACAUCAGUAUGUGAAAUAAGAGACCAGAGAUCUGAGAUAUUCUGGCAUGUUUUAGAGAAAUAAUGUCAUUUGUCAUGAAUACAGGCGGCUUCUUAAAGCUGCGUCCGUACGAACACUUUGUUCAUUUCAGUGUCUUUUUGCAGUGUUGGAAUAGGGAUUAACUGCGUUAAGUUUGAAAAUAUGAAUGAUCAUAAUCAAUGAAGGCCAAAAUAUAAUGCCAUAAUCCGUCACUGCUAGAAUUCUGCAUCACGUCUGAGUACAGGAUGAACAGACAUUCCAUCGCAGUGUUUGAAAUCAUUCAUAAAAAUCACUUUGGUGGUAUUUGAAGGGUUGUGUAUUAAAAUCAGAUGUUAAUGCGUUAUGUGGCGUGAGCUGCAUGUCUGUCUGAUUUGCAUCGUCUCUGUGCUUCUCUGUGUUCUGAUUCAUCUGGACUCGCUCUCGAUGUGCUGGCAGAUUGAUGUCGAUCUUUCUGUGAGUGCAUGACAUUUGUCUGUGACGCUGAAUUAUAUCAAAUGAUCUGCUGUUAAAUGACAAUCCACACAGGAGCAAAUACUGUUUAAUGGCUUAGCAGCAACUAAUGACAUAAUCUGUGUUUUGCAAUUUUAGUUAAGUAUCUUUUUCGAACAAAUUGUCUGUGCUCAUCUAUACUGGCUCUCUUUACAAGGAUG